AUGCUUGAAACCUUUCUGCUGCCUACUGUUGGAAAUCCUCUGAUGGAUUUUUCCAAUAAAUUGAGAAAUUUCAAAGUUGCCAUCAAACUGAAAAAGUGGGGCUCAGCUAACUCCAUUCAAUCUGAUCUUAAUCGUCUCCAGGAAAAGCAGAUGGCCCUUCUAAACUCUCUUGAUGCUGACCCGUUGAACAACACUCUAAAUUUUGAGCUGAAAAACAUUAAUGGUCAAAUUGCUGACCUUUCUUCUUCCUGGUCCUCUUGGAUGUCUCAAAGAGCAAAAGCCAAAUGGCUCAAACAGGGGGAGGACGACCUUAAGUUUUUAUAUUCCAAAAUUCGUUUGAGAAAAUCCUUCAACAGUGCUGCUUUACAUAACAUUAUUGGAGACAAUUUGGGGAAUACUGAUAAGCAGAAGGUUAUCUCUCAUUUUCAAGAUCUAUUCAAUACUGUUGCUCCAUCUUCUCAAGAACCUGCCUUCUUGCCGGUUGGACAAACUAUACAUAAUACUGAUUCUAAAAUUCUGAUUGAUCCCAUCACUGAAGCCGAAAUCAAGUCUGCUGUAUUCUCUGGAGCUUCUUCAUCUUCGCCUGGUCCUGAUGGAUAUAAUUUCCAUUUUUAUAAAUCGGGUUGGCACAUUCUUGGGCCCUCAUUAUGCAAAGCUAUUCAAUCCUUUUUCAUUAAAGGUUACAUUCCACCGGGGAUUAAAGCCACUGCUUUAUUCUUGAUUCCCAAAACUUCUCAUGUUAAUACCUUAUCAGAUUUCAGACCAAUAUCUCUUUGCAACACUUUGUACAAGAUCAUUUCUAAGAUUUUAGCUAACAGGCUUAAAGUUUUUAUGCCUUGCAUCAUUGAUAUGGCUCAAUCUGGUUUCAUUAAAAAUCGGAUCUCCAAUGAUAAUGUAAUUCUUGCAUCUGAAUUGCUGAGAUAUUUUAGGGAGUGUACCAUCGAUCCUUAUUUCUGUACCAAGUUGGAUAUAAAAAAGGCUUUUGAUUCCAUCUCUAGAGAAUUCAUACUUCAAAGAAUGGCGCAAAAGGGUAUUCCUCAUUUGUUUAUAAACUGGGUCAAAGCCUAUAUUACUAAUGUGAAUUAUUCGAUUUGUAUGGAGGGCCAAUUGGUGGGUUAUAUUCCGUCUACGGUUGGGCUAAGGCAAGGCUGUCCCUUAAGUCCUUAUCUUUUUUGCAUAGCUAUGGAUGCUUUAUCUAAUAUGCUUGAUAAUACGAUUGUUGGUCCUUCCUUUCAACCUGUUAAGAUCAAUGGCUUCAAGAUAUCGCACCUACUGUAUGCGGAUGAUGUCCUCAUCUUUGGAAAGGCCAGUGUGCCGAAUUGCCAAAUCUUAAAUGAUAUCUUAAACAAGUUUGCAUCUUCCUCUGGUCUUGGGAAUAUUGAGACUAGGAAGCUUCAUAUGGUCUCUUGGGCUAAUACUUGCAAACCAAAAAAUAAGGGAGGCAUUGGUUUACCUUCCCUACACGCUAUCCGGUACUCUUAUGACUGCUCACUAAUUCUUAGAAUAUACAAAUGGCAAUCUCAGUUAUCUGAAUGGUAUUUUUCAAAUCAUUGCUCUCCUUGGAAAUUACCUGCCCCCUCAUCUUCAGCCAUGUGGAAAAGCAUCUGCUGCUCUGCUAUUCAAGCUAAACCUAAUUUGGUUUUUAAGGCCACUGAGUAUUGUCCCAUUAGUCUUCUAUGGGAUCCUUGGCUUAACGGUAAAUGUUUAAAAGAUGUCCCUGAGUUCUAUUCUGAUUCCAUCUUAUGCCAGGACUUUGCCAAGCUGAAUACCUUUAUUUAUGGUGGUAACUGGAACAUUUCUAGUAGGUUUUUUGAUAACUUCAAAAAUGCCAUUUCCUCCAUCUCUAUUACCUCUGGCGGUAGAGAUUAUUAUAAGGGGGAAGAUGAUGUUCCCUGGCACAAAGCUGUUUGGCAUAAGCAUUCAAAUUUAAGGUUUUCUGUAUACGCUUGGCUUUGUUUUGUUGGUGGUCUUAAAACUGCGGAGGCUUUAAGAAAAAGGAAUUUGGAUGUGGACCCUUGGUUUGACGUGGAUGCUGGAUUCAUCCUGUCUUCCUAUGGGCUACAGGCUCUAUGGCAAUUUGAAGUUCUUAUGCCUCUGGAUUAUCUGAAGCUUGCUUGCUCUUCCAUCUGUUUGCUGUGGCUUCUACGAGAUCUUUGCUGGCUGGUACAAUCCAGAAAACAGAAUCACAGACAGACAAGAGAACUUGAAAAUGGCUGGGAACAGCAAAGACGUGUAACAAUAGCCGAAAGAAUCUGA